AUGUCUAUCCAAGCAGAGACUCAGCCUACCCACGACUGGAGUGCGGCGCAAUACUUGAAAUUUGAAGAUGAGCGCACUCAGCCAUCGCGUGACCUGCUCGCUCGCGUGCCUCUUCAAGCUCCCAAGAACGUGGUCGAUCUGGGCUGCGGGCCGGGUAACUCGACCGCCGUUCUAGAGACCCGCUACCCCAACGCCCGCAUUACGGGGAUGGAUUCGUCACCGGCUAUGAUCCACAGAGCCAGACUAGCACUUCCGCACCUUGAUUUCACCGUCGAGGAUUUGACGACCUACUCGUCACAGGAGACGGUUGACCUCUUCUUUUCUAAUGCCGUCUUCCAAUGGCUCGGCAGGAAAGAACGGUUCGGCAUCGUCAAGAGAUUGAUGGAUCAACAGCCGUGCGGGAGCGUGUUCGCUUUACAGGUUCCAGACAAUCUGACUGAGCCAUGCCACGUCUUAAUGCGAGAAACUGCCAAAGAUGGCCCAUGGGCAGCAGCCUUGGCAACUAUUGGUCGCGAAACCUUCCAGACUCCUCAGGAAAUCUAUAAUCUGCUCAAGCCCAUCUCGUCAAGAGUGGAUAUUUGGCAGACGAGCUAUUACCAUUCCCUUGAAAAUCACGAAGCUAUAAUUGAAUGGGUGAAAGGUACAGGUCUGAGACCGUACUUGGAUCCAUUGCAGCCAGGGGAAAAGGAACAGUUCUUGCAUGAGUACUUGAAGCGAUUGGUAAAGGCUUAUCCAAGUACCUUUGACGGGCGAGUCUUACUCAAGUACCCGCGGCUCUUUGUGGUUGCCGUGAAAUCUUGA